AUGUGUAAGUACUUGGUCAACAAACACCCUGAACUACUAGAAAUCAGUGACGAUGAUGGGGAAACUGUGUUACAUGACGCAGCCUGGGGAGGAAAUGUUGAUGUCUUCAAUUUUCUAAUAGAAAAAGGAUUAGAUGUUAAAAGUACAACACAAAAUGGUAAAACAGUUCUUCACAUGUGCUGUAUGAAUGGUAAGUUAGAAAUGUGUAAGUACUUGGUCAACAAACACCCUGAACUACUAGAAAUCAGUGACGAUGAUAGGGAAACUGUGUUACAUGACACAGCCUGGGGAGGAAAUGUUGAUGUCUUCAAUUUUCUACUAGAAAAAGGAUUAGAUGUUAAAAGUACAACACAAAAUGGUAAAACAGUUCUUCACAUGUGCUGUAGGAAUGGUAAGUUAGAAAUGUGUAAGUACUUGGUCAACAAACACCCUGAACUACUAGAAAUCAGUGACGAUGAUAAGGAAACUGUGUUACAUGACGCAGCCUGGGGAGGAAAUGUUGAUGUCUUCAAUUUUCUAAUAGACAAAGGAUUAGAUGUUAAAAGUACAACACAAAAUGGUAAAACUGUCUUACACCAGUGCUGUAUGAAUGGUAAGUUAGAAAUGUGUAAGUACUUGGUCAACAAACACCCUAAACUACUAGAAAUCAUUGACGAUUAUAGGUUUACUGCGUUACAUGACGCAGCCUGGGGAGGAAAUGUUGACGUCUUCAAGUUUCUAACAGACAAAGGAUUAGAUGUUAAAAGUACAACACAAAAUGGUAAAACUGUCUUACACCAGUGCUGUAUGAAUGGUAAGUUAGAAAUGUGUAAGUACUUGGUCAACAAACACCCUGAACUACUAGAAAUCAGUGACGAUGAUGGACGAACUGUUUUACAUGACGCAGCCUGGGGAGGAAAUGUUAAGGUUUUUGAGUUUCUGAUAGACAAAGGCUUUGACAUUAAAAGUAAAACAAAUGAAGGUAAAACAGUUCUACACCAGUGCUGUAUGAAUGGUAAGUUAGAAAUGUGUAAGUACUUGGUCAACAAAUACCCUGAACUACUAGAAAUCAGUGACAAUGAAGGACACACUGCUCUACAUGAAGCAGCCUGGGGAGGAAAUGUUGAUGUCAUCAAGCUUCUAAUAGACAAGGGAUUAGAUAUUAAAAGUACAACACAAAAUGGCAAAACUGUCUUUCACCAGUGCUGUAUGAAUGGUAAGUUAGAAAUGUGUAAGUUCUUGGUCAACAAACACCCUGACCUACUAGAAAUCAGUGACAAUUAUAGUAUAACUGUGUUACAUGACGCAGCCUGGGGAGGAAAUAUAAAUAUCUUUAAUUUUCUAAUAGACAAAGGCUUAGAUGUUAAAAGUACAACAAACAAAGGUAAAACAGUCCUACAUCAGUGCUGUAUGAAUGGUAAGUUAGAAAUGUGUAAAUAUUUGAUUAACAAAUUUACCCGACCUAGAUAG